UGGGGGCGGUCAGGGUCCCAUCCACAUCGAAGAGGCACAGGACGCUGCUGCCCGGCGCCGCCAUACUGCGGAUGACGUGGCUCAGUCCGGCCAGCCGGGCGCUGCACUCGCUUCCGGCUCUGCGCGACUCCGCCGCGGGGGAUGCCGGGAACCCAAACCGCUCCACCGACAGGCGCCCGCAGCGCCCCCGCCCCGCUCCCCGAGCCCGCCCACAGUGCAGCGCGCCGGGCCGCGACGGCGCAGGCGCAGUGUGCGGCCGCGUAGCUUCACCUCUGUACGUGUCGAGAUGGCUGGAAUCUUCAAAAUCAGGACUCGACUCCACUUGCUACCUUCCUUUGGGAGAUCUCUACCAAGGGAGCUUUCACCAAGAUUAUGGAAAAGAGAAGACAUGUGCCUACCCCGUUGCUUUGGGACCCAUAUGUUCUUACAGCCACAGAGAUGGCAACCUGACAGUGCUAAUUUUUAUCCUGGGACAGGGCUGGCACUGCACAGAUGUGCUGGCAGCUUAACCCCCACCAACAGAGUCUUAGAAAAGUCUAUGACUGAGAACAAAGAACAGUUCAAACUGGUCUACAAGUUUCCAGGAAUUAAAUAUUGUAGAAUAUUUUCAAGAAUGAAGUUGCUACAGACUGGUAUAACCAUAGUCAUCCUCCCUCCUGUCUAUCACCUCUAUCUGCAGGAACAAGUUUCUCAGGAUUUUCUGUUGUAUGUCACUGGCACUGCUUGCUUUGCUUCUGCAAUGCUGUAUGGUAUAAGUUAUUUUCUCAGACGAAUGAUUGGACUGAUGUACUUAAAUGAAGCUGGCACCAUUGUAAAAGUGGCACACUUAACAUUUUGGGGAAGAAAGAAAGAAAUUUAUUGUCCAGUUGAAACUGUAAUGAUGUUGAGUGACACUGGAGAUGCUAAAAAUGAAGUACUGCUCCAGUUUAAACAGCACAAUAGUACACAGGUUUUAUAUUUUACCCUAACGUUUGGCCGUAUUGUGGAUAAACAGAGGUUUGCCCAAAUAUUUGGAGGAUUUUAGUGACUCAUUAGAUGCAAUGACCAACAUUUUCCAAGCGUCUAGCUUGUUUAAUGUUUUUCCAUUGCUCUUCAUGCUGAAUUCAUAGCUUAAUAGAUUUGUAAGCACUCAAAUAUGGAAUAUUUCCAGACUUUUUCCAUACAAAUCCUUUAUGAGCUAACAUGCACACCCGUGUUUGUAUAAAGGGGAUACAAUGAUGUAGCAACCCACCAGAUAGAAGUUCCUGUACAACUAGUUUCAGAUGAAAGGGGAAUCUCAUCACACACACACACACACACAACCAUUAUGUAAAGAAAUAUGGUUUAAUAUUCAUGUCUUAUGGUAACUUACACAGUUGAAAUCUUUAAAAUUGUUUCACCUUAAUCUGCAGUUGCAGUUCAGUGUGGUGGUGGUGGGUUUUUUGCGUCUUUCUCUCAGCGUGGCUUUCAGACUGUAGAAUGGCAGUUAAAAAAAACAUUUAUUGGUAAAACUGAGCAAAUGUAAUUUGCUAUCAUAGAUAUAACAUAGCAGCCCACAGUGCCAUUUUUAGUCUCUUGUGAGACUGCACUUCCAAUUUAUAUAAAAUUUUGAUCAGGCAAGUCUUAUUUAUAUUAACAUGAAAAAUUAAUAAGUUAUUAAAACUGUAUCCUGGUACAGGGAUUUUCAAAGAUAUUGUCAUGGGAGUGAGGUGGAAUUGCUUGCUCGCUCCCUUGUCUUCUGGGCUGGCACCAACUGGAAAGUUUGCCACUCACUUUUUUCUGUAACAGUUGUUCUGUCAGAUCAAAAGGUGUUAAUGGAAUCCAGAGUGAACUUUGUCCAUCUUUCAUCUGUAGCUUGUGGGUUCAGUGCUUGGAUGAUCUUCACAAGGCUCUAAGUAUUGCUUGGAGAAAAAUAUGUUGCAAGAGAAUAUCUACUUCAACUAUAUGAAAGCACAGAGUAGCUGGACAGUGUGUCAAGAGCCACAGUAAAGCAUUUUAAAGUGUGUACAUAAUGAAAAGGAUCAAAAAUUCUGAAGAGAAGUAUGUUACAGUAGUACUAUUUACAGACACACCAUCAGGUUCCUGUUCAAGUUUAAAAAACAUUUUCUUACCCUGGUCUAUAGACAAUGUCUUAGGUUAUUGAAACAAAGAAUUUUAAGCAUUUAUUUUUCAGGGCUUAUGCUCUGUUUGGAUUUUCUUUUUCAGUUUAACCAACUGAAACUGUCAAUUUCAUUUUCUUAGGCAUAGCAUUGUAAUAUUUGGGUUGCAAAAACAGCAGGGGAAUGGUUAUUUUUAAAAGGUUAACAUUAAAAUAAAGAAUCAUGGAAAUAUUUGAA